UAAAAACAAUGCUUUUGUACAACGGUACUUCAGCGGCACGCUUAUUAAGCACACAUGUAACACGUAGGUUUAUUUGAAAAGCUUUUGAAACCGAUCUGUAAAUAGUUUGAAAGAAAACAAGGAAUUCUUUGUCUUCUCAAGAAUAUAAAAUCUUGCGCAUAUAAUGGGAAGAGCCAGAAGGCAAACUAACUAAAGCAUACAAGGUUACGACAUGGAAGCUGUUGUGAUUUUCGGCGUUCUAGCUCUGUUGAGCAGUUCGCUGGCAAUUCCAGUGAUGGACCAAACGAAAGUCGAAUUAAGCAAUGAUGUGCUCAGUGAAGAUAAUAUCAUCAUUGGUGAAAUUGAGAACGGCCCAAGACGGGCACAGUGGACGAAUGAAGUUUUAGAUCGAAUCUGGGUAAGAAAAUUAAAGUCGCGAGUUGUAUAAGAUUGAUAAAUAAAUGCUAAAUUCAGGUCCAGGAUUUUAGCAAGUUUAGUUCAAAUGUAACGGCAUCUUUCAUGUAGAACCACGUAUUAAAAUAUUUUUUCAAGCCCCUGAAUAGCACAGCACAUAUAGGCUUUACUUGUCAGGAAUCGUCGUUUUAAUGCAAGAUGCGGGCGUAGGCGGGCUACGGGCGUGCUAUAUAACAUUUUUGUAGGCCACUGCUUCAUAACGUCGCGAGACCAAAACGAGCUAAAUACUUUAAUAUUUUAAAGUAAUUAAUGGAUAGUAACUAAUAUUUUCCUAUACCCUAUAGAAUUUCCUAAAUUCCUACGGCUACAUGCCUAAAGGAAAACAAAAGUCUCAUAAAAAAAUGAAAAUGGGUAUGUGGAAGUUCGCAAUUUGGAACGGAGCAAAGAUUGGGAAAAAAUUCUUUAUGAGCAAGGCCUCGUGGAUCUUUCUACGUCAUUUGGCGAGAAUUUCAAAACAGUCUCGAUGCGGUGAUCCCGACAUUGGUAAAGGUACAUUACAGGCCAAGAAAGGAAAGAAAUAUAAACUGGCUAAAAGAUACCUUACUAAGACGCCGUGGGGGAAGAAUACUCUGACAUAUAAAAUUGAAAGUUUUGACAGUGACCUGCCCGUAGAAGUUCAACGACAAGAGAUUGCGAAGGCGUUUAAACUAUGGUCUGAUGUGUCUGAGCUUACAAUCAGUGAAGUGCAAGGCAGUGCGAAUGCUGAUAUUAACAUACAGUAAGUAUAGCAACCAAUGUUAAUCCUUGUUCUUCUUUCUACCAAGCAAGUGACCCGGGGUCGGCUGCUUGGGCUCUUAACCUCCAUUGUUUUUGUCCCUUGUCAUGUACAUCAUGUUACAUCUUUUUUUACACAGCCACCUAUCCUUUCGUCAGUUCCAUAAUUUCUGACAUGUUUCCUUCAUCACUUCUUUUGACGUGAGCAUACCAUCUUUGCCUUGCUUCCCUAAACUUCUCUCCUACCCCACUUCUUCUGAUCUCUUCAUUCCAUAAUAUCUUUCAACUGGCGUUCCUGCAUCUCGUCUUAUUAUGUGUCCAUACCACCUCAUCCUUGCUUCUCUCGCCUUCCCUUCAAUGUCUACCACUCCGCAUCUGCUGAUCUCUUCAUUCCAUAUCUUCGACCGGCUCUUCUGCAUCUCGUGUUAUGGAUCCAUACCACCUUCAGCUUCCUUCGCAUUCUCUGUAAUGUCUACCACCACUCAUCUUCUGAUCUCUUCAUACCAUGAUAUCUUCAACCAGCUCUUCUGCAUCUCGUCUCAUUAUGGAUCUAUGCCACCUUCCCCUUGCUUCCCUCGCCUUCCUUGUAAUGUCCACCACUACACAUCUUCUGAUCUCCUCAUUCCAUAAUGUCUCUUGACCAACAUUCCUGCAUCUCUUCUUAUUAUGUGUCCAUACCACCUCAUCCUUGCUUCCCUCGUCUUCUCUGCAAUGUCUACCACCCCACCUCUUUUGAUCUCUUCAUUCCAAAUUUUGGAUCGGCUCCCAUGCAUUUCCUCUUAUCAUGUGUCUUACCACCUCAUCCUUGCUUCCCUCAUAUUUUCUGCAAUGUCUAUACCACCCCACAUCUUCUGAUCUCUUCAUUCCAUGAUAUCUUCGACCGGCUCUUCUGCAUCUCGUCUUAUGGGUCCAUACCACCUUCACCUUUCUUCCUUCGCAUUCUCUGCAAUGGCAACCACUCCACACUCCCUUCAUUCAUAAUAUUUUCGACCGGCUCUCUGGAAUCUCGUCCUAUUAUCUGUCCAUACCUCAUCCUUGCUUCCAGUUCCUUCACUACUCUUCCGAUUCCUCCCUCUUGUCCUUAAACGAACAUUUACACACCUGUCCUUCUCACAAACCUUAACUCACAUCCGUGCCAACAAAUAUUCACUCAGUGAAACAGUUACCCCAUAAGAAACCAAUUCUGUGCAUAUAUAUCGGUAGGUCCCUUCUCUAAUUCCAAUACUAUAAGAGAUUCAAUACAAGGAAGGCGUAUAAUGCUAUGAAUAAAAUAAUUUAGAUUUGUUGCUGGUGAGCACUCAGACUCGAUGCCAUUUGACGGCCCAGGUUUGGUAGUCGCACACGCAUUCUACCCUGAAGACGGCCGUAUUCACUUUGACUCUGCUGAACAGUAUACUACUGGUGAUGAAGCAAAUAAAAAGAAUCUGUUGUCUAUUGCUGCACAUGAGAUAGGCCAUGCCCUUGGCUUGGGACACUCUACGCAUUCUGAUGCCGUUAUGUAUGCUCAGUAUCAACCUUACAGUCCCGAUUUCGCUCUGACUCAAGAUGAUAUUAACGGCAUCAAAUAUCUUUAUCGUAAGUGAAGAGAUCUAUUACGUUUUAUGAUUGGGUAUGAUUAUAGUGAUAUGAUAACGGUGGAGGUGAUGAUGAUGAUGGUGAUUGAUGAAGGUGAUGAUGAUGCUUACUGAUGAUGAUGGUAAUGGUGAUGAUUAAUGAUGGUGAUGAUUGUUGAUGAUGAUGGUGAUUGACGAUGAUGGUAAAUGAUUGUUGAUCAUGAUGAUGGUGAUGAUUGUUGAUGGUGAUGAUUGUUGUUGAUGGUGAUGAUCAGAUGACGGAUGAUGAUGAUUAGUGAUGAUAAUGAUGAUGAUAGUGAUGAUUGUUGUUGAUGAUGAAUGAUGAUGAUGGUGUUGAAUGAUGAUGAUGGUGAUUAAUGAAGAUGAUGGUGAUUAAUUAUGAUGGUGAUGAUUGUUCAUGACGAAUGAUGAUAAUGGCAAUGAAUUUCAUCUCCACCAUUGCCAUCAUUAUCACUGUCAGCAUCAUCACUGAUUAUGAUGGUGGUGAUGAUGAUGGUGAUGAUGGUGACAGUAAUGAUGAUGAUGGUGAUGAUCAUAGUGGAGAUGAAAUUAAUGGAUUUUGUGGCACAUUAGUCUUUAGAAUAAAUAAAUUGUCAGAAUAGUUUCAGAUUAAUUAAUUGAUCAUUCUUUUCUUCUUUACAGCUUCAAACACCGCAGGUAAGUUACAAAUAGAUAAUACAUCACUCUAUAAUAUGAAAUGCAAAUCAGCUAUCUUCAGUUAAAUGAAUAAUUUUAUAUUAUAAUGACAACAGCAACAGCAGCAACAACAACAACAACAACAACAACAACAACAACAAACAGCAACAACAACUUACAACAAGAUGUGCAUUUAUUUAUUUUAAAUUUUGCCAUUUUUAGGAGGAUGUGUUGAUGAAUUUUGGUGUGAAGACAUUUUGCAAGACGAAUGUUCUUUCUUUGAACAAUACUGCAAGAACAAAUGCGGCACAUGUCAAGCUUAAGAUCAUAAACAGUUGCUUACCAAGAGUAUUUUAUUCAAGUAUUAAUGUUGACCAGUUUGAUUGUACCGAGGUGUGAAAAUAAGUCUAGUUCCAUAUAUUCAACUGUACAGAUCGAAUAGCUAAGUAUGCGAUUGAGUAAAAGCCAGGUCUGGAAUUGCUGUAGAUAUGUUUUAAAUAAAUUUCGGUAGUUUAUAGUCUACCAUUCUAUACCAUAGUUUAUAGUUCUACAUUAUUAUGCACAUAUGCUGUGCAAAUCACCUUCAUUCCAUGCUGGUAUAAAACACCUCUAAGGUGGGCAAAAUUUAACUUACUAAUUUUAUAAUGUUAUUCUAAAUUAAAAAAACUCAUUAAUAAUUCGCGAGGAAAAUACAAAAGAAAUGAAUGUUUAAUCAAUGUUUGUAAAUCGGAUAAAGAUUUGUCCUGAUUUACAUAAACUUCAGCUUUGAUUUUCUCGGGUUAGACAACGUUUAUUUUUAAUUUAAAAUUACGCCAAUGAACUCGUAAGAUGGGUCAUUUCAGAUACAGAUCGGAUGCGAAUGUUUUAUCUAGUAUUUAUUAAAACCAAAUGGCACUUAUAAAGUAGAACGUAGGAUUCUGUUUUGGGCGGCCAU